AUGAUAGAAGAGUCUACAACCUACUUUCUAGAUUUAUCAUAUCCAACUAAUAUUGUAUCAGUUAUAUCAAAUACUGAAAAAGGUAAUUUUAUUGUUCUUGCAGAAGUUCGAUUAGGACAAAGGCUUUAUCAGAUAAAAAAAUAUUAUCCAACUGCUAAUAAAUAUGUAAAAAUAUUAGAAAUUAGUAUAUUAAAACAAGAAGAUAUUGAUGAGGAUGAUAAAGGUGGAUAUAAUGAGAAAGAGAAUAAUUAG